AUGAGCACCGAGCCCGAGCCCUCAGAGCGGGUCCUCCGCCUCCGCGAGCUUCUUGACGCCUCUGACGACGACGACGACGACCUGGCUGACUCACUCUCUCCCGCUGUCUCUGGUGGGGAAGCGACUGCCACCGGAGCCAACGCCCACAUGGCAUCGCCGUCUGGAUUUGGUGGUACACGUGCUAGUCACGUGCCUAAGAUCCUCGACGGCGCCGUCUCGUCACUUGCUCCGGCUCUCGCCGCCGCAGGCCUGUCCGGUGGAGAUGAUACUGCCGUGGAUAUGGACGAGGUCGUCGCCGCAGGCGUGGGCAUGCCGCUGAGUGGGAGAGAGGACGCCGGAGGUGAAGCUGCCGGAGAGGUGCUCGACUACGCAGAGCGGGCAAAGUACAUCCCCAUGCGACUCACGGCCAAGGAGCGAAAGCUGCUGCGGCUGGUCAAGAACGCCGUCCGGGUCCUGCCCUACACCGACCGGGUGGACAAGGUCUUCCGCCACGCCGCCAAGCGGACCAUGGUCCAGAUCAAGAACAUCGCCGCACUCUGCUCGGGCAUCAUCACGGCCUCGGCCAUGGAGGAGGGCCGCACCGUCGUCGACUCGCGCGACUUUAACCGCUACGCCAAGUUCCUCCGCAGGGUCUUUGAGGUCUACCGCAGGCACCAGGUCUCCAACCCGGACUGCGACCGCGACCUGUAUGUCAAGCUCAUCUACAUCCUGCAGGACUCACAGUCUGCUGGCGUGCAAGAGCUCCUGGGCUUCUCGCUGGUGAAGGAGAUCAAGACGGUGGCGACGUACCUCCGCUCCGUUGGCGCUGAGGGCCUGCUCCACGAGCCUGCACUCGCCACCGCCACUCGCGAGAUCAUGCCCGAGGGCAAGUCCCGGCCGGUCAUCAACGCCGAGAUCAAAGCCAAGGAGCGGGCGCAGCGGGUCCUCGCCCGCAAGUACAUGUCGUCGCGUGCUGACGAGGACGACAUUGCCCAGGCCAUCUACUCGAUGGCCGACAACUUUGCCUAUCUUCGCUUUGCCCGCGUCCCCGUCGUCCAGCUCCAGGGCUACCUGGCCUCGUACUUUGACCCUCAGACCGUCGACGGUGAGUACUCGCUGGCUAUCGCCGAGGGUGUCGGCGGUGCGAGGCUCACCCACGGCCACGCCCGCCAGUUCCAGUUUGUCAACCAGACGCUCCGCCUCUGGUCGGCCGUCACCUUUGACAUGUUCCAUCUGUGGUACCUCGCCGACGCCGAUCUGCUCGAUCCGGCCUCGCCGUACGAGCUCCGUGACACCGGCCAGGGUCUCAACCGCGUCCAGGCCGCCCCGCGUAUUGCCCGCGCCAUGCGCUCGCUCGUCAACACCGUUCAGGCCUCCUUCCGCGGCGCGUGGGUUGGCUCGGCCGUCGUCCACGUCGGCGACGACAUGGUGCCCAACGCCCUGGCCUUUAUCGACAAGUACAACGCCGUCGCCCGCGCCUGCACCCCCAUCGUCACCGCCGUCAACAACCUCGGCCAGCUCGUCGACGACGACAACAUCAUCGAGAGCUUUGUCAACAGCGCGUGGACCGAUCUCCCCACCGCCCGCCUUGCCAUCCUCCACGACCUCUUCCUCCACGCCUUUGACGGUUCGGGUGGCGCAAACUUUAUCCAAGCCGGCUCGUGCAUCGACGGCCGUCUCACCUCGCUCUGGUCCUGGUGCCAGGCGCUCCCGUCCAAGCCCUACUACGACCUGUUCAAGCUCACGGGCUUUGUCGGCUUUGACGGCGAGAUGUAA